GGCUCACAUGGACACGCACCAAGAGCCGGAGAGGCUAGGUUCCUUCAAUGGCGAGCAGCGCACGCAUACGCUGCUCGUGUUCGUGUCGACAGUGCCUGAGUCGGAUGGUGGCGGCCAUCUGCAUUUCCCGCUGCUCGAAUUGCGAGUGCUUCCGAAGGCGGGUACAGCGGUGCUCUGGAACAACCUUAAGCCGAAGGGCGACGGAGACUUGAUGGAGCCUGAUCCCUGCGCCUUGCAUGAGGGUGAGCCCCCGCUGGGCGUGAAGAAG